CUGUCACGGAAGAAUAGCGCGAGCAGCGAGCUGUCUGACGUCAGCAGGUUAUCAUGGAGGAAUACGCGCGUGAACCCUGUCCAUGGAGGAUAGUUGAUGACUGUGGCGGUGCAUUUACCAUGGGGGCCAUUGGAGGAGGGGGGUUCCAGUCUGUUAAAGGCUUUCGAAACGCACCUGUGGGUGUACGACACAGGCUUAGGGGGAGCGCAAAUGCUGUGAGAGUAAGAGCACCACAAAUUGGAGGUAGUUUUGCUGUAUGGGGUGGGCUCUUUUCCACCAUAGACUGUGGUCUUGUGCGUUUGCGGGGUAAAGAAGACCCUUGGAACUCCAUCACCAGUGGAGCCAUGACUGGAGCUAUACUGGCUGCACGCAGUGGUCCGCUAGCCAUGGUGGGCUCUGCGAUGAUGGGGGGAAUUCUGCUUGCUCUAAUCGAGGGAUUCGGGAUUCUUCUUACAAGAUACACAGCUCAGCAGUUUCAGAAUCCGAGUCCUUUUGUGGAGGACCCGAGUCAGCUUCCCCCGAAAGAAGGCCAAGAGACACGCAGUUAUGGACAGUAUCAGUAAAAUCAGUUGCAGUGGUGACUGUGAAAAAAGAGAGGAUUGUUAGACGUUUAGGACCCUCAUCGUAGAUUACAGUCCCCCUCAUAGACAGGGGGAUCCUCCUGAACCUCUCAUCCUCUAUUAGAUGGCCACUCAGGGGCAAGCAGUAUGUCAUUUGUAUUAUGAAUUGUAAUAUACACUUGUGUUUUGUCCUGUUGAAAACGGAAAAUUGUCACCCAAAGAGUUCCAUCAAGCAUGCUGAGACAGAACUCAAUCUACAUAUUUGUAUAGUUCAUGCAGGCCUGAUUGAACACCACAUACUAAUACAAAUAUACUGCAUGGCUAACUAGAACAUGCAGAGAUAUUCCAAGUAUGUAAUUACUUGCAAGAAGACAUGAAUGAUGAUUCCUGUGAAAGUUUAUUUUAAAAUUGAUGCAGUUAUGCAAACAUCAAUAUAUAUUUAUA